AUGGUUCGUUACGCCGCAACUGAGGUUUCCUCAGCGAAGUCUGCCCGCGCGCGGGGUGCAUAUCUCCGUGUCAGCUUCAAGAAUACAAGAGAGACAGCUCAAGCGAUCAACGGCUGGAAGCUGCAGCGCGCCAUCAAGUUUUUGGAGAAUGUCCAAGAACACAAGGAGGCCGUCCCGAUGAGAAGAUACGCUGGAGGAACCGGACGUGCUGCACAGGUUGGGGCGGAGACAUGUAUUGACGGGGAUAUGACAGGCAAGGCAUUCGGUGUGUCCCGAGCUAGAUGGCCAGUCAAGUCCGCCGAGUUCCUGCUCGGUCUCCUCAAGAACGCAGAGGCGAACGCAGAUACCAAGGGUCUCGAUACUGGCAACCUGAUCGUCAAGCACAUCCAAGUCAACCAGGCCCCUAAGCAACGCCGACGAACAUAUCGUGCUCACGGACGUAUCAACCCGUACAUGUCGAACCCGUGCCACAUUGAGUUGAUCCUGACCGAGGGCGAGGAGGUUGUUCAGAAGUCGGAGGCGGUCGUUGGUCGUGAGGUGGCCCACCUGAGCUCAAGACAACGCGGUGCUCGUCAGCGUCGUGCCAUCACUGCUGCAUAG